CAAGGGGAACUUGAGGCGCGUGGUAAUGUCACCCCGUGCGGCCUGCGCGCGGUGGCUGCGGGCCGGGCAGUGACGUCACGGGCCAAGGCCGAGAAUAAUCGGAGAAAGCUGACACGGAUCAUAUCUUUCGCCCUAAUUACCCCCUCUGUGUCCCUGGUCUGAGUGAACAUGGCAGUGUCUGGGAAUUACUACUUUGCCAUUGUGGGGCAUCAAGACAACCCAAUGUUUGAGAUGGAGUUUGUGCCCACCAAUAAGGAGCCCAAGAAGGAGGACCAUCGCCACCUCAACCAGUUCAUUGCUCAUGCUGCGCUGGACCUUGUAGACGAGAGCAUGUGGACCACCACCAAUAUGUACCUCCGCCUGGUGGACAAAUUCAAUGAAUGGUACGUGUCUGCAUUUGUGACGGCUGGAAGGAUAAGACUUAUCUGCCUCCAUGAUGUAAAAAAUGAUGAUGGCAUCAAAAACUUCUUCAUGGAGAUGUACGAGACCUACAUCAAGCACUCAAUGAAUCCCUUCUAUGUGCCAAACAGUCCCAUCAAAUCAGCAGCAUUUGAGAAAAAGGCAUUGUUCUAUGGAAGGAAGUAUCUCACUGGCUAGUGUAGCAUAGAUGAACUUCUGAUUUAUAUCUGAUGAUCUGCAUGGAGGCAUAAUGGAGGAAGAGUGAUUGUAGUACAAUCUAGUGUGGGUCGUUCUAAAGUUCAAGAAGUUACGCUGCACAUCCAAAAUGCCGUUGCGUCUCCCAUCUUCUAUUUGAGAUAAUCAUCCUUGAAUAUAACAGCUGAUUACUAAAUCAUCACACUACAACUGUUGUACUGUGGCAGUGACAGUCUUUGCAUUGUCUGAUAAAAAGAAAAAUAGGCAAAAGAGAAAGAAGCUUCUUAACAUGUGAUAUACAAGUAUACACAAGUGUGGCCUUUCUGUGGAAUGUGGAAAUUAGUGAGAUCAGUAAAUUUAGUAACAGGAUGAACCUAACCUGUCCUUUACAACAUAAACAUUAGUUAUUAAUGGAAAACAGUUGCUUAUCUAUAAAUGUCACUACCUCUGACUAGCACAAUUAUUUGUCAGAUGAUAAUGGACAAUUGAUGAAAGUCAUUUAAAUAUGUACAGUUGUGGUUAGAAGUUGAAUAAUGUCUCCCACUCCUUCCACUGUGUUAUUGCUCCUGCUAGCUUUCUGCACUUUAUAUAUACUGACAAUCUCUAUGCAGAAUCAAGAUUACAAACAAAUUAUAAGCCGAGGAAACUGACAAUUAGUGACCUCAAGACACAGUGGGAAGAGUGCAGCAUGUUAAGCCACUACUGAUCACAACUAAAGAGAUUACAAGAUGACCAUUUGAUCUUUUCUUUCAUGUUUGCCAAGAGAUACUAAGCAGAGGUGUUAAUUGUUAUCUGCUUUCUCUUGUCUCUAGUUGGUGAUCUUGAAUUGUGUGUGUGUAAUUCAUCUCGGUCGCCUGCUGGUCACCCAGCCAGUCUUCCCCAUAACGGAGCGAGCUCAGAGCUCAUAGACCGAUCUUUGGGUAGGACUGAGACCACAACACACUCCACACACCGGGAAAGCGAGGCCACAACCCCUCGAGUUACAUCCCAUACCUAUUUACUACUAGGUGAAC